AUGCAGUUCCUGGCGCGUGCGAGUGCUGCCUCGCUGCGGCGGUCGCAGGCAGCCACCGAGGCCUUUCAGCGCCUUGGAGCCUGUGGCUAUGCCACGACACAGCUCACGGUGCGGGAUGCCCUAAACUCGGCACUAGAUGAGGAGAUGGAGCGCGACGAUAAGGUCUUCAUCAUUGGGGAGGAGGUCGGUGAGUACCAGGGCGCCUACAAGAUCACGCGCGGCCUGCUCCAGAAGUAUGGCGCCAAGCGUGCCGGCUUCACUGGCAUUGCGGUGGGAUCCGCCUUCCAGGGUCUGAAGCCCGUGGUGGAGUUCAUGACCUUCAACUUCUCCAUGCAGGCCAUUGACCAGAUCGUCAACUCCGCGGCCAAGCAUCACUACAUGUCGGCGGGGCAGAUCACCUGCCCAAUCGUCUUCCGCGGCCCCAACGGCCCCGCCGCCGGUGUGGCGGCGCAGCACUCCCAGGACUUUGCGCCAUGGUACGCCUCGGUCCCCGGACUGAAGGUUAUCGUGCCCUACGAUGCCGAGGACAACCGGGGCCUGCUCAAGGCCGCCAUUCGCGACCCCGACCCGGUGGUCUUCCUGGAGAAUGAGAUCAUGUAUGGCGAGAGCUUUGAGGUGUCGGAGGAGGUCCUGGACAAGGAUUUUGUGCUGCCCAUUGGCAAGGCCAAGAUCCAGAGGGAAGGCACCGACCUGACCAUCGUGGCCUCCGGCAAGCUGGUCGGCUUUGCGCUGCAGGCCGCCGCUGAGCUGGACAAGGACGGCGUCUCCGUGGAGGUGGUCAACCUGCGCUCCAUUAAGCCGCUGGAUCGCGAGACGAUUGCGGCGAGCGUGAAGAAAACCCACCGGCUGCUCACCGUGGAGGAGGGCUGGCCGCAGCACGGCCUGGGCUCCGAGAUCAUUGCGGUGGUGGUGGAGGAGGCCUUCGACGACCUGGACGCACCGCCGGAGAGGGUGUGCGGCGUGGAGAUCCCCAUGCCAUACGCCACGCCGCUGGAGGACGCCGCGCUGCCGCACGUCUCCGACAUCGUGCGCGUCGCGCGCCGCAUGUUCAACCUGGAGUGA